CUCUCCUCCUGAGUGUAUCAGAUGAAACAACGCCUCUGAAACGGAAUCCAAAUAACUGAAAGGCUCUUUAAGAAGGAAGAACUGGUGGCGGCGUGCAAGACUCACAGAACAUUUCCUGAAGCAUACUGAGGCGAAGUCACAUCCAAAAAUGAAGUUUAAGUACAAAAGAGCGAUUGCCUUCUUGGUCAUACUUUUUCUCAUUGUGUCAUACCUGAGAGGGAUAAGCAAUUUAUUGACGGUGUCAGACAAGACCACCUUAAGGCAGAGCACCAGGAGCAAUCCACAGUCCCACGUUUACCUGACGCACAAUGGCUCCUUCCCCUCACUCAGCAAGAUGAAGGCUCACCCAGAAAACGACGACGGAGAAGAUCGAGCGGUGAUGACAAAUGGCAAGAAACACCUUCUCAUAUUAGCCGCCACCAGGACAGGCUCCUCGUUUGUGGGUGAGUUUUUCAACCAGCAGAGAGACAAUAUGUCUUACCUCUAUGAGCCCCUCUGGUACGUGGAAAGGAUGCUGACUGUGGAUGGACGCAUCAACGUGACAGCGACAGACAUGGUAUACCCUGAUGUGCUGCGGGAGCUCUUCCUGUGUAACUUCUCCCUCCUCGAAAACUUCAUACAGCCCCGUCCUGUUGACCACAUUAUGAAAAGGUUCUUCCGUAGACACGUCAGCAGCUCUCUGUGUGAAGAGUCUGUCUGCAGCCCGCCCAUCAGAAGGGACUCCAAAACACCCAACUGUGGAACGAGAGACUGUGGGCCCCUAAACCUGACCAUGGCUUCUGAGUUAUGCCUCCAGAAGAAACACAGGGUUAUCAAAGUUGUAAGGGUAUACCAUUUUCACAUUCUCCAGCCCUUAGCUGAGGAUCCAAGCCUUGACAUCAAAUUUCUCCAGCUGGUUCGCGAUCCUCGGGCCAUAAUCGCUUCACGUAUGGAGGCCUUCGGCAGGUAUGAGAACUUGAAGAAGUGGGGCAAUGGUGAGGAUGUGCCCCUUGAUGAAAAUGAUUUGAAGAAGGUGAAAACUACCUGUGAGACUGUCAGGAGAUCAGCUGAGUUGGGUCUCAGUCAGCCACCAUGGCUUCACAGGCGCUACAUGCUGGUGCGAUACGAGGACAUCGCUCGCUUUCCCAUGAAAAAAGCAGCAGAAAUGUACCAGUUUUCUGGGAUACCUUUCACCCCAGAGAUGAAAUCCUGGAUUCUGAACAGCACUUCGAAGGAGACCUGGGGUUCCUACUCAACGCAGAAAAGGUCCUUCGAACACGUAGAUAAAUGGAGGUUCACGUUACCCUUCAAAGUGGUCCAAGUUAUACAGAGGAUUUGUCUGCCCACAAUCAAGUUUUUUGGGUACAAAAUUGUGACCAGUGAAGAAAUGCUAAGAAAUAAGUUUGUCAGUCUCAUUGUAGACAAAGAUUCUAGCAUUUCAUGGACAUGAACACAAGUUAACUCCCAAAGUAAGAAAUGCUCUGCGGAAAAAAACUUCCGUAACCUGGUAAUAAGUGUUUUCUGUCAUCAUAAAGAGUUGUUACAGUUUCAGACAAUUUCUUGCUCUAAAUCUAACAUUUGAUGAAAAUGGUCACUGUUCCGACCCAGAGUCGUUGGGAGGUUUGGGGAGUGGUUUAUUUUGCCUUGCCAUUGCCCCCGCCUCUCCUCUCUGCACAGGUGCCCCGGGAUUUGAUGAUUGCUCCGUGCGCCGGUAUAAAAGCCAGAGCGUGCACGUGUUCUGGGUUGUCUCUCCCCUUUGCACCUCCUGAUGACAUCCACCGCUGUGCACGUUUGAGUUGGAUCUCUUUUGUUUACUUUAUUUUGUAAUUAAACUUUUCCUUUGGGCACGUUGCGCGGUCUCUGUCUCCCUCGUUUGGUUGCGGCUUUG